AUGCAGUCCCUUGGAAAAUUAGUUCAAAGAUCCGCUGUCGCAAGAGCACUCUUCAAGCCAGCAGUUCUAAGCACUUAAGUGAGAUUCAAUCAUUCAGAUCCACAUGAGGGCUGUCCAAAUGCAUGGGCCUAUGCAGUUAAGGCAAGAGUUUAGUACCCAGCUCCAAGAUUUGAAGGCAUGUCAUGGAAUGUUGAUUAAUUCAAGAAGAUCUCUCUUGAUGAUUACAAAGGAAAGUAUGUUGUACUCUUCUUCUAUCCAUUGGACUUCACCUUUGUGUGCCCAACUGAAAUCGUUGAAUUCAAUGAAAAAUCCGAUGAGUUCAGAAAGAAUGGUUGCGAACUUGUUGCUUGCUCUAUCGAUUCUCACUUCACUCAUUAAGAGUUCGCUAAUAAACCAAGAGACCAAGGUGGUCUUGGUGGAAUGAAAAUUCCCAUGCUAGCUGAUCUCACCAAGCAAAUUGGGAAAGAUUACGGUUGCCUUACUAAGGAUGAUGCUAUCCACCUUAGAGCCACAUUCAUUAUUGAUACUAAGGGAGUAUUGAGACACAGUUAAUUCAAUGAUACUCCAGUUGGAAGAAACGUUGAUGAAGUCCUUAGACUAGUCCAAGCCUUCCAGCACAACGACAAGCAUGGCGAGGUUUGCCCAUCAAAGUGGAAGCCAGGUGCUCACGGUAUGGAUGCUGAUCACAAGAGCUCUAAAACCCUUAAGUACUGGAAACAAGAACACACUAAAUGA